GUCAUACAUUUAUAGUGUGUGCGGGAAUUCCAUUGGCCUAUUUCCCAAUUGCGCCAUCGUCCCUGAGUAUAUACACCAUCUUAAUCGUAUAUAUAUGUACCAUCUCACUAUUUAAUUUUAUCUCAUCUUUUCCUUGCUUCUUUUACUCCACAUUUUCUUUAUAUCAUGGCUAAUACUCCUCACGGUGGUGUGCUCAAGGAUCUCUAUAUCCGUGAUGCCCCUAAGCAAGCUGAGCUUCGUAAGGAGAUUGAAUCUCUCCCCUCGCUUGUCUUGACAGAUCGUCAGCUUUGCGAUCUUGAACUUAUCCUCAACGGUGGUUUCUCUCCUUUGGAAGGUUUCUUGACUCAAAAGGACUAUGAUAGUGUCGUCGAGAAUAUGCGUUUGAGCAACGGAUUGUUGUGGCCUAUGCCUAUCACACUGGAUGUGAGCAAGGCCGAGGUUGACGAGCUUCAGAUCCAGGCCAACCGUCGCAUUGUAUUGAUUGAUUCCCGGGAUUACGAGCCUUUGGCUAUUCUCACCGUCGCUGAUGUGUAUCAGCCCGACAAGGCCAAGGAAGCUACCAACGUUUUUGGUGCCAACGACUUGGCUCAUCCUGCCGUUCAGUAUUUGCACAACACUGCUAAGGACUAUUAUGUCGGUGGUUCUCUCGAAGCCAUUCAGCCUCCUGCUCACUAUGACUACGUUGCCAACCGAUUCUCUCCCAGCGAACUUCGUGCUCACUUCAAGAAGCUUCAGUGGACUCGCGUGGUCGCUUUCCAGACCCGUAACCCUAUGCAUCGUGCUCAUCGCGAAUUGACCGUGCGUGCUGCUCGCCAGCGCAAGGCACACUUGCUUAUCCAUCCUGUCGUUGGUUUGACCAAGCCCGGUGACAUUGAUCACUACACUCGUGUGCGUGUGUACAAGGCUUUGAUGCCCAAGUAUCCCAACGGUAUGGCCGAACUCAGUUUGUUGCCCUUGGCUAUGCGUAUGGGUGGCCCCCGUGAAGCCGUGUGGCAUGCUUUGAUUCGCAAGAACCACGGUGUGACUCAUUUCAUUGUGGGACGUGACCAUGCUGGUCCUGGUAAAAACUCCCAAGGCGUUGACUUUUACGGUCCGUACGAUGCUCAGGAGCUCGUUCGCAAGUACAAGGAUGAAAUCGGUAUUGAAAUGGUUCCCUUCCAGAUGGUCACCUACUGCCCCGAUACCGAUGAAUACAUGCCGGCCGAUGAAGUACCUGAGAACACCAAGACGUUGAACAUCAGUGGUACCGAGUUACGCCGUCGUCUCAAGACCGGUUUGAAUAUCCCUGAAUGGUUCUCGUACCCUGAGGUCGUCAAAGUGCUCCGUCAAUCCCACCCUCCUCGCAACAAGCAAGGUUUCACCAUCUUCUUCACUGGUUUACAUGCUUCCGGUAAGAACAGCAUCGCUCGUGCCUUGCAAGUAUCGCUCAACCAGGAAGGCUCUCGUUCGGUGUCUCUGUUGAUGGGUGAGAAUGUGCGUGCUGAACUUUCUUCGGAGCUUGGAUUUUCGAAGCGCGAUCGUGAUAUCAACAUUGCUCGUCAAGCGUUCGUGGCCGGCGAAUUAACACGUGCCGGCGCCGCUGCCAUUGUGGCUCCUAUCGCGCCUUACGAUGAAGCUCGCAAGAACGCACGCAAACAAAUCGAAAAGUAUGGUGGUUUCUACUUGGUCCACGUUGCGACACCUUUGGAAGAAUGUGAGAAGCGGGAUCGUGAUGGUGUGUACGAACGUGCACGCAAGGGAGAAGUCAAGGAAUUCACCGGUAUCGACGAUCCUUAUGAGGCUCCUCAGGAUGCUGACUUGGUCAUUGAUCUCACCAAGGAUUCAGUAUCCCAGGCUGUCCACGAAAUUGUCUUGUUGCUCGAAAAGGAUGGUUAUUUGGGUUCUAGAUAAAAUAGCAUCAUAAACAUCUCAUGAUUUUUUCCCUCUCUUGUAAUUCCUGCACAACAUCUUUUUUUUUCUUUUCACUUGUCAAUAGAACAUAUUACACCUCAUUAUUAGAAAUAAGACUUUUUUUAUAUGAAGUAACUGUGGAUG